UGUGAGCCAGAACAAGAAGAUAAUCAGUUUAAAGUUUAGACUCUUUAAGUGAAGUUAUGUCAUGGCCUGUGGAGCCAAACACUUUGGACAUUUUUUAAUUUUUAGUUUGUAACUCGUCUGCAGUGUGUGUGACGUCAUGACCUCUUACCCUGUCACCUUUGGAGCCAAUUAUUCCUGGGAGGCCUCUUGGUCCACCUGGGCCCUAAAAUUACUCAGCGGGUAGAGGAGAAGAGACAGAAAUGUCUCAUGUUAAUAUGUUUGGCUGUGAGGAGUCGUCUCAUCUGAAGCAUGUUGGGAGAGAAUUUUAAAAAUAUUUUACUGGUAGUCCUUGAGCUCCAACUUCCCCCUGAAGUCCUUGUUCGCCCUCCUCUCCCUGAAAGAGAACGCUCACCAGAUUCACCUUUAACCCCUUUGUGGCCCUACAGACAGGAGGUUUUAUGCUACCUCACUGACUUGAAACUGAAAAUAAUAUGGACAACCUGGAUUUCUCAGAAGAGGAAAUUCAAGAACAACUGGCGAUCCUGGGCUACAAAAAUAUACCAAAACACAGACUGCUUGAAUUCAAGCAAGAUCUCGAAGAACUGGUUCGACGCGAAGAAUGGAAAAGCCUGGCCUCGUCCACUCAGAUAAACUCUGACAAAUCUCAGGUGGCCACAUCUCAGCCGAGUCCUCCUGCCUACACCAAAGAGAAAGUUAGUCGUCAGUGCUACUUUAAAGGUUCUGGUGAAGGGUUUUUCUUACAUACCGGACAACCUGGCAAUGGCAGACAGGUGCUUAUAGCACAGGUACCCUGUGACUUGUACGCUCAACACUCGGUGGCUCUGAAGCUGCAGCUGCCUCCAGGUGCUCCCAGCAGGCUGCAUGUGGAGCCAGAUCCAGAUCCUGACGACACCUUCGACCCACCGCUCACCGACAGCUACACAUCCACUCCUGACUCCCACAGGGGACGCUUCAUCAAGAGAAAAGUCCUGAGGAAACAUAAAGGACAGUCUCUUGUCUGCGAUGAAUCAGUCUACAGUGAAGACUCAGCCACAGCGAGCUGUCUGGAGGAGCGCCUGGCAGAUCUUCAUUUAUCCUCGACGGCUCAACGCGACUUUGAGACGGAGAACGAAGACGUCACCAGUCAGAGUGACACUCAGAGUUCAGAGACAGAGGGGGUUUCCUUCAGUGCCUUUGAAUCCUACAUGAGAGGCAUGACGCGAGCUCAAAGUGACGGAGACCUCAGACCCAAACCCAAAUCCUUCAUCCGACCAGUGAUGAGUCAGCAAACCAUUAAGAAGACGGACCCAGUGGCCAAGUAUUUCCAGUAUAAGCAGCUUUGGGAAAUGUUUAAACUUCCAGGAGAGAAGGACAGGAGAGCUCUGCGCUUGGAGAUUAAGGAACGACUUGCAUACCAACCUCCUCCACCCAAACCUCGGAGGGUUUACGUGCCGAACACCUACAUCGUGCCAACAGAGAAGAAGCGCUCGGCCCUGCGCUGGGAGAUCAGGAACGAUUUAGCCAACGGUGUCCUUCCACACAAAUUCAGUUAUAGAUUUUAGGCCUUUUGCUCCCCACAUGCCUUUUUAGAUACUUUUAAUACAAAGAUGCAUUGUUUUUUAUAUCAUUGACUUUAUUUAUUGAAUUUUCUUGUCAAACAUAAUAAACACAUAAAGAACA